ACGAUUGUGUGUUGUUCCGCACCGACGUGCGGUAUAUCAAGUGCGCAGCUACCUCGUGCUUUAAGUUCUUCAACAAAACUUCGGAUACACCGCUCCGCUCGCGGUUCUACCGUCGUCACGGCCUGGAAAGACAACCAGUCGGCGGUCGAUAACGUGGUGGUGGACCUUGAAAAAAACGCGACGAAAAGAAAGGGAAAGAAACUCGAUCCACGCUGUCACGCAACAAGUUCUGCACACCUGUACAGCUGGUUUACACCCCAAUCGCUUGACGCACCAGUAAAUAAUCAAAUACAGCAGAAACCUCCAAACCCAACCUCCGGUGGCAUUGCUGGUGUUGAAAAGAAGCGCAUCGGUUGCGAAUCUCAUAGUGAAGAUCGCCACAGGUGAAAGUGAGCUCAAACUGUGCCAGCACCGAUAACGGGUCGAUGCAGGAUCUGUUUAGUGCCGCCGUAUAUUUGCAUCUUUGUUGAAAAAUUGUUGCAAAUUGAACCAUCAAAGCGAAGAUUACAGAACAACCAGUGUGUUGAUGUGACUGAGAUAACUUAGUAGGCAUAGUCAGAUAAGUUUGAGCGACAGAACGAAGUGACAGAAGUGAAUUCUCGGAGUUGAGAGAAAAAAUCAACGCAAACUUUCAACAAAACCGACGACAUGAGUUCAGGACGCCCGGGUGGAGGAGGUGCCAGUGGCGGUGGAAGUGGUGGAGCCGGUCCAAUGGGACGCAUCGUGGACAAAAUCAAGCGAACGAUGACCAACGAGGGAGGAGAUGAGAUCCGGGAUCCCCUGCAGCAUGGUUAUCAGCGUGUUAACACGGCCGAAGGUUCGCUUUCCACCUCGACGACAGCGACAAGCCUCGAUACGAUCGUGCUCGAUACGAAUGCAGACGAUUUGACCAGCACACCACAGCGCUCACAACCAAUGCGUACCUUCACUCCCAUCAUGGAGACAGACGAUACGAAUCCCUUCCUGGAGCCGACCCAGAAAACCAAAUCAAAGUCCUCGCUCAAGGCAAGCUCGCGAGUCUCGUUCGAUCAGGAAGAUGAUCAGUUCGACGAGGACGAGAACAACUUCCGCAAGCAACGGGAACAUUUCCAAAAACACAAAAGUCACAGCACCUCGGAGCACAAGACACAGCUGAUUAAGGAACUACGCCACUUAUUGGCGACCGAUAACAGGGGUCACUUCCAGGGCAAAAAGCAUAUGUCGCUGGACGUGAAAAGUGCGAAGGUGCUAGAGCAGCUCCUGAAGGCUUCCUCUUCGUCGGACGAUUUCGAGGGUCAGCGGAAACAGUUCCAGGAGCGCAAACAUAAGAGUCUCGAUGCCCGGCAUAUCUCGUUCAAGUUUGACAAGGAACCGUCCCCAUCCAGCAGCGAUGAGGACUUUGAGCCAUCGACCAGCCUGCUGAAGAUCGAUGCCGACAUCACGAAACCAGUUAUCAUUGAUUUGAAGGAUCUUGAAUCGAGCGAUGAGGAGGAUUACAUCAGCUCCCGCAAACACUUCCAACAGUCCAAGUCCAUGAGCACCGAUUCAAGGAAAAGCAUUCGGUUCAUGGAGAUGGAAAUGGGCACCAAGGAGGAAAACCUGCGAACGGCGGUUCCGUUCGUGCGCCAGAUUACCGAGGAAGGCAAACCAAAACUGGAAGUCUAUCGGCCAACGACGAACCCCAUAUACAUAUGGACCCAGGUGCUUGCCGCCUUAUCGGUGUCGCUCGGAUCGAUGGUCGUCGGAUUUUCAUCUGCCUACACCUCCCCCGCCCUGGUUUCCAUGCAGAAUCGCAACAUUACGUCGUUCGAGGUGACGGAUCAAUCGGGUUCCUGGGUUGGUGGUAUCAUGCCACUGGCCGGCUUGGCUGGCGGUAUCCUGGGUGGACCCAUGAUUGAGUACCUUGGCCGCAAAAACACUAUCCUGGCGACGGCGACACCCUUUAUCAUUUCGUGGCUGCUGAUCGGAUGUGCUACGCACGUUGCCAUGGUGCUCGUAGGUCGUGCAAUGUCGGGACUGUGCGUUGGUAUUGCAUCGCUCUCGCUGCCAGUGUAUCUCGGUGAAACGGUACAGCCGGAAGUGCGUGGUACGCUGGGCUUGCUACCAACGGCGUUUGGUAAUAUUGGCAUUCUGCUUUGCUUUGUGGCCGGUAAUUACUUAGACUGGUCGGGGUUGGCAUUCCUUGGUGCUGCCCUUCCCGUGCCGUUCCUACUGUUAAUGUUCCUGAUCCCGGAGACGCCCCGUUGGUACGUUUCGCGCAAUCGCGAAGACCGAGCCCGGAAAGCUCUGCAGUGGCUACGCGGUCGCAAAGCCGAUGUCGAGCCGGAGUUGAAGGGCAUCGCUAAAUCUCACCAGGAAGCGGAACGACAUGCGUCAAAGAGUGCCAUGCUUGAUCUGUUGAAGAAGUCCAACCUGAAGCCGCUGCUGAUCUCUCUCGGACUGAUGUUCUUCCAGCAGCUAUCCGGUAUCAAUGCCGUCAUCUUCUACACCGUGACGAUUUUCAAAAGUGCCGGUUCGACGAUCGAUGAAAAUAUUUGCACGAUUAUUGUCGGUUGCGUGAACUUUAUUGCAACCUUCAUUGCGACGGUGCUGAUUGAUCGGUUGGGCCGCAAGAUCCUGCUGUACAUCUCAGACGUGGCCAUGAUCAUUACGCUGAUGACACUCGGUACGUUCUUCUACAUGAAGAACAACGGUGACGAUGUGUCGCACAUUGGCUGGCUUCCAUUGGCCGCGUUCGUUGUGUUUGUGCUUGGUUUUUCGCUCGGAUUCGGUCCAAUCCCAUGGCUGAUGAUGGGAGAGAUUCUGCCAGGUAAGAUCCGUGGUUCUGCUGCAUCCGUCGCGACCGCCUUCAACUGGAGCUGCACGUUCGUUGUGACGAAAACGUUCGCUGACAUUACCGCUGCCAUUGGUAAUCACGGUGCGUUCUGGAUGUUUGGUUCGGUGUGUAUCAUCGGCUUGUUGUUCGUCAUUAUGUACGUACCAGAGACGCAGGGCAAAUCACUCGAGGAUAUCGAGCGGAAGAUGAUGGGCCGCGUGCGACGAAUGAGCUCGGUGGCCAACAUUAAGCCAUUGUCGUUCAACAUGUAAAAGGGCUGCGUUGUGUGGCAUGGAGGGAUGCUUCCAUGUUUCUGCACAAGAAGCAUUCGCCAAAUUGGACCACCUGGCGCCAUCGCGGGAUAAUUGCGAAGCUGUUCUAAUGGGAUGUGAUAUGAUGUUCAAAAGAAUUGCUAGACCAACGGUGGUGCUCAGAUUCUUUUCUUCGAUGUGGCUGCGGCCCUUUUACCCCUUCGCCCACUGCUCUCUGUCUGCUCGACGAGAAGAUCGAUCAGCAGCUGAUCGGUUGACGGAGUUGGCAUGACGAUCGUGCUUGUUCAUAUUGUUCCUGAUCACAAACUAUCCCCCGGAAAGCACAUGCACCGUCGAAUGCGGUGCAUUAGUUAUCGUUUAAUGGUAUCACUCAGUGAUUAGUAUAGUGAAGGUUUACAUAAUAGACAUUCUGCACGAAGAUGCUGGAUAUUAUUUAAAAAAAGGAAAAGAGUGGAACCAAGAGAGCAGCUUCCAAAGGAUAGAGCAAAAAUCAUAAAUUCUUCGGACGUAGGUGUUGCCACGGUAUCCGGCAUCAGCAUCUUAUCAUAGAUAAUGAGCAAGUGAGCGCAAAGUUUUAACCUAGAUUAGGAAGGCGGUACAUUAAGGAUGCGUCUGUUUUGGUGGUUUCUCAAAGGAAGAAGCGAGCAAACGCCGCUGUUACGGAGAGCUGAUAGUGGCAAUGAGGACAUAACAGGGUUUAUAGAACGACAGAACAGGGCGAUUUUUAAAACUAUAUCCUAAUUAAAGUGUUUUAGUGGCCUACAUUAGAUUCUCUGCCUGAGCAUGUCUGGGGGGCACUCCUAUAGUGGUUGUAAAUAGUAUAGGACGAAGUGAGGAUAUAUACAUACUGAAAAGUGAAAUUAACAAAGCACAAACCAUCCCGACUUUUGCUUGUGACUGAGAACUGUCGCUCUCUGUGGUGUCACAAACAAUUGAAAUUAUGAGAUUGUUUUCAAGUGGAAUAA